UGAAUGAAAAUGAAUGUAGUCAGUCAGUUGAGUCAGUGUGUCGAACCAGUCAAUGGGUGAAAAAAUGUGUGCUGUAUUCAUGAUUGUUAUCUUGUUACAAGACAAUAUCUUCUUUUUCUAUGCGCUUUAGUUUUAGAAGUCAAAUGUAAAAUUAUACGAGCUUCGUGAAUUUUAUUGGAAAAAAGCUACUUAUUGGAUCUAGUCAAAUGUUUAUUGAUUUUGUUUGCGAGAAAUUUCUACUUACAGACGAUUUUUUGCCAACAAAGGUGUGAUUAGAUUACAGUGUUAUUAUUCUGAUUCUCUAUAGUUCGAACGAUCAUUAGUGUCAUUGAACAGGAUCAAUCAUCCGUUUCAUACAUGUGCAUUUGUAGUGAUUAAUAUUUCAAUUAUUGAUCAUUAUUUCAAAAAAAAGGUGACUGUACGUGUUACGAAGUGAUAAGUUUUCCAUUGUGUCAUUCGGGAGGUUAGCGAAUAUCUUUUUGCCACCCGCGAUCACCUGUUUAUCUCAGCAUCGGAUGUAAUAUAUAAACAAAUGCUAUAAAGACAUUAUAACAUCCCUCGAGGGAAACUAGAGAUGGUGGACUACUACAGAAUACUUGGGGUUACUCGGACCGCUUCUGAGGCAGAAAUAAAAAAAGCUUACAGAAAGUUAGCGUUGAAAUGGCAUCCCGACAAGAAUCCAGACAAUGCAGACGAAGCAAACAGACGAUUUAAAGAAAUUUCUGAAGCUUAUGAAGUCCUUUCUGAUGAAAACAAGCGGAAAUUGUAUGAUGCACGGGGAUCCGGUCACCACAGUCACAGAUAUCAAAGCAAGAACGGAGUUAAUGGCCAUCGGCACUUUAGCUUCAAAGGUUUUUUUGGAGACACACCAUUCCACCGUUUUUUUGAGAGGAAGCGUCGAGUUUACGAUCAAUAUGGCAAGGAGGGGCUGAACAGUAGCAGAGGGCGACAUUCCGCGUCCGAUGAAGACUACGACUUCGGCUACCACAGCUUUCCCUUCACAUUCCGAGAUCCCGAGGAGGUUUUCAGAGAAUUUUUCGGCGGUUCGUGUUUUGGCGAGCUAUUUCCUGAUAUAAAUGGCCACGGGCACAUCCGACAUGGUCGUCGUAAUCAUCACCCGAGCACAUCUCUCACUUCGUCGCUCUUCAGUCCGUUCGGGUUCGGGAUGCAAGGGCUGGAUGAUAUUUUCGCCCACGCCGUAUCCAACGGGAAUUCUUUCACGUCUUUUUCAACGUUCAACAGCUCGAUGGCCGGUCCGGGCAGCGCGAACAUGAGGAGUACCACAACCACCACACGUAUGGUCAAUGGAAAGAAAAUUACAACAAAAAAGGUAAUGGAGAACGGACGCGAAACUGUGAUGUCUUACGAAAAUGGGGUUCUGAAAUCAAAGACUGUCAAUGGUGUCCCUCAAUCACUAACGUACAGUUAAACAAAUAAUUACUUAUAACCAAAUUUGAUCCAAAUGACAAUUGUACUCAAUUUUACUUUAUCCGAGUAACAAGUUCCAACUUAUAAUUUAGUUUUGCUUAAUUUAAUUAAUGUAGCGUUGGGCACUGUAAAUUUUAGUGAUGAAUAUGUCUAAACCAUACUUAAUUUAGUCCUAAGUUUUGCUUUUUACUUUUUAAUUGAUUUAAUGUUGAAUAAUAUCGAUAGAGCCAAUAACUAAUUUAAAUUUACAUCUUCGAAGCGCUCAUUCGUUUAUGAUAAUUGCCUGAUAUUUGAUCUCAAACGUUCGAACGCGCACUGCCUGUACACUUCAUGGUCGAUGCGAAUUAUGUCUUCAGGUUCAACAGUCAGGUUUUAAUACGUUGCUUAGGUUUUAAUAUAUUUUUUUAACGGAGCGCUAUUUUGGGCAUGCUUUAAUAGUAGUAUGCGUUGAUUGGCUCUAGAUUUGUUAUACGUAAAUUGAUUUAUAUUUAGUAAAACAGCUUCGAUUUAUUUUGUAUUAUGUGUUACGUCAAAUGCCGUGUCAGGUAACGGCUUGUAAUAAAUCCGUGAAGCUUUUUGAGUUAUGCUUCAUUAUUAAUGUGAUUUAUAGUAAAUUUAAUUUCACAAAGAUGCCAAAAAGGUACGCGAUUUAAUAUUUUAGUUGUCUUUGAAUUAAAUUACAGUUGAUAGUAAUGAAUUGCUCAGGGGACUGUCUAAUGUCUGGUCUCAUGCCGUAUGGCCAAAAGUAUCAAGUAGUUAAUAGCUUACUUUAAUAAUAAUUUAGAAGUCUUUACUUUUUAAUAUCUGCUUUGUUGUAAUAAUAUUUCGAGAACAUAUCCUUAAACAAAUUGUAAAACAAAAGGUUUGAAUUUUUAUUAGCAUAUUUUGAUUUAUUGAAUAUAAUUUGAAGAAUUUUAGGAAAGUUUGAAAUACCUGUGAAUGUAAAUAGUCCUAUGAGCCUAUAAAAUAUAUUUUGUAUAUGCUAGAUUGUCUAUCGAGUGUCAUAGGAGUCGCACUAAACAUUAGUAAAAUUGCAUUUGAUUGACUAAUAAUUCAUAUAUAAUAAAGUAGAGUAGAAUUCAUGAUUUGUAAAAAUCAUUGUUAAGCUAAAAUAGUAAAAAAUUAAGCUUGAUGUUAUCAAAUCGUAUUCAAUAUAUUUUGCUAUGCUAAAUCACUAGGUACUUAAUAUUGUCAUAUUUUUUUUUUUUUGCAAAAAUUCAUUUUGUUUGAAAUUAACUGUUUUAAUAACGUGGCUUUUAUUGAAACAAACUUCUAUAUAAAUAUAUAUUUUAGAUGAGCACAACAGAAACUGUUUCUACACGAGUGCCAUUGCUAUUUUAGAACAUUCUCUUGUAAUUGUAAAUAAAUCUUAUGAUAAUUUGAUUUCAAUAUUUUGUGUUCAACAAAAUUAUUGUCAGCGAGUAAUGAGCACUGCGAGAUAAUAAACAAUUUAAUUGUA